AUGGCGCCCAGAGACACCCGCCCACCCGGCAAGCAGGGCGAGUGGUACCUAGGCGACGCGGACAGACUCGCCAAGCAGCUUGAUGAGUUCCUCGCCGACGUCCCGGACCAGAUCGACGGCCAAGGGCUUCCCAUCCCUGGCGCCCGCGUCAUCAUCGCCCCCCACGCAGGCUACUCCUACUCGGGCGCGACCGCCGCCUGGGCCUACAAGGCCCUCGACCUCAGCAAGGCCAAGCGCGUCUUCCUCCUCGGCCCGUCGCACACGUACUAUCUGCGAGGCUGUGCCGUCACCACUUACAAGAAAUACGGUACACCUUGGGGCGAGCUGCGAAUCGACGAGGAGACCACGGACGCGAUCCGCCGGCGGGACGGCGUCGAGGACAUGCCGGUCCGCAACGAGGACCGGGAGCACUCCCUGGAGAUGCACCUGCCGUACCUGUUCAAGCGGUUGCAGCAGACGUUCGGCUCCCCCGACAACUUCCCCACACUCGUCCCGAUCCUCGUCGGCGACAACAACAAGGCGGAGGAGAAGGAGGUGGGCAAGUGGCUGGCCGAGUACCUCCGGGACCCGGACAACGCCUUCAUCGUGAGCUCCGACUUCUGCCACUGGGGCAGCCACUUCGACUACACGGUGUACUGCCCCGACGGCGACGUGACCAAGAUGCAGAAGCUUCGCCCUCACGGGUCCGCACCGGACGGCCCGCCGAUCCACGAGACGGUCAAGCUGGUGGACGACCUGGCCAUCGAGGCCAUCAAGACGGGCCGGCACAGCGCCUUCUACGACAACCUCAAGCAGACCAAGAACACGGUGUGCGGGCGGCACCCGAUCGGGGUCACGAUGGCGGCGCUCGAGGAGCUGGGCGGCGAGGGGCAGGAGCAGCAGCACCGCUUCCGGUUCAUCCAGUACCAGCGCAGCAGCCUGGUCACGGGCCCGGGCGACUCGAGCGUGAGCUACGUCUCGGCGUACGCCGUGGUAUAA